AUGUUUCAGCCUUUUCCAGAGAGUCUCAUUCUGAGUUUGUAUGUUCUUUCUUUUCAGAUCAGAGAGAGUGCAUCCCAGACAAGAGAUGUCCUCAAACAGCAUUUUAAUGAUUUAAAGGGAACCCUUGGGAAGCUCUUGGAUGAACGAUUGGUGACCCUUUUGCAAGAGGUGGACACCAUUGAACAGGAGACCAUUAAACCACUAGAUGACUGCCAGAAGCUGAUUGAGCAUGGCGUCAACACUGCAGAAGACUUAGUCCAAGAAGGUGAGAUCGCCAUUCUGGGGGGUGUAGGAAAGGAGAAUGAAAAACUGUGGAGCUUUGCCAAGAAGGCCUCACACAUCCAGCUGGACAGCUUACCAGAAGUGCCUUUGCUGGUUGAUGUGCCUUGUUUAUCUGCUCAGUUGGAUGACUCAAUUCUUAACAUAGUGAAGGACCACAUUUUCAAGCAUGGAACGGUAGCAUCUCGCCCACCGGUGCAGAUAGAAGAAUUGAUAGAGAAACCCGGAGGCAUCAUCGUGCGAUGGUGUAAGGUAGAUGACGACUUUACAGCCCAAGAUUACAGGCUCCAGUUCCGUAAAUGUACUUCAAAUCAUUUUGAGGACGUGUAUGUGGGCUCCGAAACUGAGUUCAUAGUGUUGCACAUAGACCCCAACGUGGAUUACCAGUUCAGAGUCUGCGCCCGAGGAGACGGCCGGCAGGAGUGGAGUCCUUGGAGCGUCCCCCAGACAGGUCACUCCACGCUGGUGCCUCAUGAGUGGACAGCUGGCUUUGAGGGGUACAGUCUGAGCAGUCGGAGAAAUAUAGCGCUCCGGAAUGACGCCGAAUCCUCCGGUGUUCUCUACUCCAGCGCCCCAACGUACUUCUGUGGGCAGACGUUAACAUUCAGAGUUGAAACUGUGGGACAACCAGACAGAAGAGACAGUAUAGGCGUGUGUGCAGAAAAACAGAAUGGAUAUGACUCUCUGCAGCGGGAUCAAGCCGUGUGCAUUAGUACAAACGGUGCAGUUUUUGUAAAUGGAAAAGAAAUGACUAAUCAGUUGCCCGCAGUUACUUCUGGGUCCACUGUCACAUUUGACAUUGAAGCUGUGACUCUAGGAGCCACCAAUAAUAACGAAGGCGGAAACUUCAAGCUUCGAUUUGAUGACAGGCUAGAGGACUGGCACAGGGGAAGACUGCUCGUGAAAGUAGUAUGCACAGCAGCAUUAGCCACGUCCCAGGUGCAUGUCCAGCCUCGGUGACGUGUGUGUUGCUCCCCAGGGGGUCUCAGCUGCAGUCCCAUUUUCCUGUCGGUUUCAUAAAUGGUCUUUCAGUGGAGCAAACAAAUACAGGGUAAAUACUUGACCUAUGUUUUAGAAGACUUAAAUUGGUUUAAAAUAUUUAUUUGAAGAACUUACUUAGUAUGUGAAAAUGAUUAUCUUAACUUGCUAUAUUACCAGCCUAAGAUCUUUUUCUUGAAUGUGAAUUUUUUCUUUUUUUAACAUAGAAUAGUGGAAAAGCAAGUUUGAUAUUUUUGUAAGAUAAUUUAUUUGGGAAUUCAGAUUCCCUGUUAGACAAUCAUGACUUUUUUCCUUGCCUUUUUAUAUAUAAUAAGUGAGCUGUUUUUCACUUGUUUAGUGAUUGUUAAGAAGAUGUGCUAGAAUGUAGCUGCUUCAUCCAGCUGUCUGAAACAAAAUAAAAACCUUAAAGUU